AUGAUCAAAAUAUUCCCAAGGCGUACGAAGAAAUUCCAGAGCUCAAUACUCGGUGUUAUGCAGAUUUCAAGAGGUCAAACGGAUUUGCCAAGAAACAGAUUACACACAAUACACAUGCAUUUGGAAUUCAAUUAUUAUGGUUCCGUUAUUAUUUUUUUACGAGCGAACUGCAAUAUUUUGAUAAGAACCAUCCCGGCCCAUCCUCUCCGAGGUCGAUUUUUGAGGUUUUUACUUUUUAAGUACUCCGCUGUAUCGUCCAAACCAGAAAAUGAAAUAAAUGGAUUGGAUCGUUAUGCUUAA